AUGGAGAAUAGAGUUGUUAGGUUUAGUCCUGUGAGCGUGAAGCCUAAAGAAACCGUGACAGAUGCCGAGCAAAUAUCCCGGCUAAGAGCUUCGCAGUCACCGCUCGCUAUAUCUCUAAGUCGGUGCCCUCAAUGGUCAUCGCUAGACACUUUGCAGUUUAAAGGGUAUUGGGACAACGAAGUCAAUGGCAUCCUACUCAACAAUGGCUCCACAGCAUACUUCACAUUUGAAUCUGAAGUCCGACCAAUCCUUCGCGGUGGACCUCUAAUCGGCGAAUACGUAUUUGAACAAAUGCACUUCCAUUGGUCUGUCGACGACUUCUCGGGCUGUGAACACUUAUUAGAUGGACAAGGAUACGCAGCAGAAUGCCACUUCGUACACUAUAAUAGUAAAUACGAAUCAAUGGAAGCGGCGGUAGGACAUCCUGAUGGUCUAGCAGUAGUGGGAUUCCUUCUAGAAGCUGUUGAUGCUCCUAACCCAAGGUUCGACAGACUCGUCGAAGGAUUUGAAAGAAUCAAGAAGAGUGAACAAUCUGUUAGAGUUACUUCAGAAUCCCUGUCAUGGAUGGACAGCGAUGACCUACAGGAAGGCAACUAUGUCACAUACAAAGGCUCGCUGACCACACCGCCUUAUACCGAGUGCGUCACUUGGAUCAUAUACGAGAAACCCGUGCACAUUGGUACCGAACAGCUCGGUCUCCUAAGACAACUGGAGGGUCCCGACAGUAUACCGAUCGAACGCAACGUGCGACCAACACAGCGGCAUCCACCCGGUCAUUCCGUCAUAUACGUCAAGCAAGUCAAGUCGAAGCUCUAA